AUGCCCACCAAGCUGGUCAUGUCGUUUUUGGCUAAAAUUGACUACACCUUGACGGGUCGGGUUAAGGGUCCUGAACCGCAGGGCAUUGUGGUUCUAGUCAAGUGGAAUGCAAUGGGGCUGUGGCCACUGCAGUCACCCUGUAGUGGGUCUGGUCAGUGUGCAUCCGCAUGUUGUAUCGAGGACGUGAAUCAAAAGUGCCCCUCGAAGUUGAGAAUUGACAGUGGCUUCGCAUGCAAAAUGGAAAAUCGUCAAAAUCAGAUGGAACGGCAGAUGGGUCCGAGGCCUAGCCUGCAUCCGGGUGAGCGCAGGAGGCAAAUAUGCUGUCUGAUGGGUCAUGGUUGGCAAAUUUGGCGAGUGGGGAGUCGACUAGGGCAUGUCCUCUUGGUGCCGCCACAGGCGUUGGCUUAUUGUCUCUCACAGGCACAGCUUAGUGUGUUUGGAUUGGAGGAAGAUUGCAUGAAGCUAAAAGAGAGCAGAAAUUGA